UUAUAAAAAGCCGACAUCGUACGACUAACAUAGUCAGACAUUCAACAAGUUCGCAGUGAAAACGUUGUGAAUUUUAUUCCUCUCGUCUAAGUUGUUUUUUAUUGAUUUUUGUUUCGGAAUAUUUUUGUUAAUUUUUCAUGCUUAAAACGAUGGCACAAAAAGCAGAUAUUGCCUUAAUUGGACUCGCUGUCAUGGGACAGAACCUGAUUCUCAACAUGGACUCAAAAGGAUUUGUUGUCUGUGCAUUUAAUCGUACCGUUGAUAAGGUCAAGAGCUUCCUCGCCAAUGAAGCCAAAGGAACCAAAAUUAUCGGCGCAACAUCAAUGGAAGACAUGGUCAGCAAAUUGAAGAGUCCACGACGUGUUAUGCUCUUGGUCAAAGCUGGAAGUGCAGUCGAUGACUUUAUUAAGCAACUCACGCCACUUCUUUCAGCCGGUGACAUAAUCAUCGAUGGUGGAAAUUCAGAAUAUCAAGACACAGCCCGUCGUGUUGAAGAAUGUAAGAAGCAUAAGUUGUUAUUCGUUGGAUCAGGUGUUAGUGGUGGUGAAGAAGGUGCACGUUAUGGACCAUCUCUUAUGCCAGGUGGAAAUCCAGAGGCUUGGCCACAUAUUAAGGAUAUCUUCCAGUCCAUCUGUGCAAAGUCUGGAAGUGAUCCAUGUUGUGAAUGGGUUGGUGAAGGCGGCAGUGGUCACUUUGUCAAGAUGGUCCACAAUGGUAUCGAAUACGGUGACAUGCAGCUCAUCUGUGAAGCAUACGAUCUCAUGAAAUCAUUAGGAAUGAGCCAAAAGGAAAUGGCUGAUACAUUCACAGAAUGGAACAAAGGAGAACUUGACUCAUUCCUUAUUGAAAUUACCAGCAAUAUUCUCAACUAUAAAGAUAAGGAUGGAUACUUACUCGAACGUAUUCGUGACACAGCUGGACAAAAAGGAACUGGAAAGUGGACUGCAAUUGCUGCACUUCAAUAUGGCGUUCCAGUCACUCUAAUUGGUGAGGCUGUUUUUGCAAGAUGUUUAUCAGCACUUAAAGAUGAACGUGUUCGUGCCAGUAAGUUGAUCAAAGGACCAGAGGAGAAGCCAAUGGUUCCAAAUAAGGCUGAAUUCCUGAAUCACAUCAAGAAUGCUCUCUACUGCGCUAAAAUUGUCUCAUAUGCUCAAGGAUUCAUGCUUAUGCGUGAAGCAGCUAAAGAUUUUGGCUGGCACUUGAAUUAUGGCGGUAUUGCAUUGAUGUGGCGUGGAGGAUGCAUCAUCCGUAGUGUCUUUUUAGGCAACAUUAAGGAAGCAUUCACAAGAAAUCCACAACUUUCAAAUCUCCUACUCGAUGACUUCUUUAAGGUUGCAAUUGUUAAGAAUCAACACUCAUGGAGACAAGUCGUUGCUAAUGCAACACUUUGGGGAAUUCCAGUUCCAACAAUGUCAGCUGCUCUUGCCUUCUUUGAUGGAUAUCGUUCGGAGAGACUUCCAGCUAAUCUCUUGCAAGCUCAACGUGACUUCUUUGGUGCUCAUACGUACGAAUUAUUGGGACAAGAAGGAAAGUUUGUUCAUACAAACUGGACUGGAACUGGCGGCAAUGUCAGUGCAUCAUCAUACAAUGCUUAAAAACUUUGAUGUUCUUAAUGUGGUAUUAAACUAUUGACUGGAUGGGAAACAAUUUUCCUUUAGAGAUUCUUUUUAUUAUUUUUCGGUGGAUUUAUGACAUUUAUUUUAUUUUUUGGAUUAAAUCAAAUAAAAUUUUUAUGUUUAGAAAAAAUA